AUGUCGGAGAGCUCUGGUCUCACUCGUUGGGAAAGCUUGGAAGGUACGUCUGGAACAAGGAUCAUUGGGGGUCAGGAGGUCCAGCCAUACUCAAUCAAAUAUCAGGCCUCACUCCAGACUGAAAAAGAUGAACACUACUGUGGAGGAACGCUGGUGCACGAGCAGUGGGUGGUGUCUGCUGCCCACUGCUGGAGACCGAGCCAUUUAUUGAAGGUGGUGUUAAGUGAACACAGUCUGACAAAAUCAGAGGGAUUUGAACAGGUCUUCAAUGUCUCAAAGAUAUUUGUCCACAACUAUAACUACAAGACAUACAACAACGACAUCAUGAUCAUCAAGUUGGAACGGCCGGCGCAGCUCAACGCCUACGUCCAGCCAGUUAAACUGCCCAGUGAAGACACCCCCAAAAUAAAUUCGCAAGUUUGCACAGUGAGCGGUUGGGGUGUCACACAGGUUUACAGUUACGCUCUCUCCCCUGUGCUUCGGGCUGUGGAUGUUAAAGAAAUACCUUACUGCAACUACUACUACUAUAACAGGAUCACUGAAAACAUGCUGUGUGCUGGAUCUCCAUACGGUGGCAAAGAUUCCUGCCAGGGUGAUUCUGGUGGUCCCCUUGUCUGCAACAACUACUUCGAGGGUAUCGUCUCCUGGGGUAUCAGCUGUGCAAAUCCAUAUUACCCAGGUGUCUACACUAAAGUGAGGAACUAUGUUGAGUGGAUUAACUUUAUUAUUGACAGAGACUCAGCAUAAACAUGUAACCACAAGUUUUAUUUACUUCAAAAAUGGCUAAUUCAACAUUUUACCCUUAUAUCUCUUCAACAAGUCCUUCAAUUAAAAUGGCCUAGUAGGUUGGUUGUUCAUACCCUUAAAAUGGCAGUGUGUAAGAAAAUUAAAGAUGACAGUGACAGAAAA